ACACUCCAUCCCCUCCCACAAUCCAAACGAAACCUAACUAUUUUUUUUUAAAGGACAAAACAUUUGAGAUAGCGUCAUUGAAAAGAAUUAGGUCUCACUAUUACAUCACUCUCAAAAGUAAGGGCAUAUAUCGUACCCUUGCUGUGUAGGGCGGUUCAGCACAUUCUCGGAAGCAAACAAAGGCGGUGACGAAAAAAAGAAGAAGAAAGCGAUUGAAGGUAACACUUUAGGGUUUUUUUAGGGUUUCUCUUCGUCUCCAUGGAAUGUGGAUUGGUUCUCGAACCAGAACUCGAGCGUCUCAUUCAACAAAACCAGAACGACCACGAUGCGAUUGUUCAAGAAUCGAUUAUGGACGCUUCUGCGGAGAUUGAAUUGAAGGAGCGAGAACUCGCUCUGCUUCGCAAAUCCAUUGACGAGUGUCGCGUUAAGCGAGAGGCGCAGGUGCACCGAAUCCAAACCCUAGAGAGGCUCAUUGAGGACCGCACCAAUUUGCUUGAUGCUAAGGAGAAGCAGGUUGGUUCCAUCGAGCGCCAGUUGAGCUCCUACUGCCGCAAUGUGGACGCCAAGGAGCGGGAGUAUUGUGAGAUUCAGCGGAGUGUUGAGGAGAGGAAGGUGGAGGUUGAGGUCAUGGGAGAGGUGCUGAAAUCGGUUCAGAAGCAGAUUGGGGAGAGCGAGAGGAGUUUGAGGUUGAAGGAGGAGGAGUGUAACUGGCAGCUUGAGAUGAUGCACCAGUUGAUUAGCGAGCGCGAUGAAGUUCAUAAGAAGAUGCAGAGAGAUUGAGGUGUGUGGAAAUGAACUUGGCGCGAAGGAAGGGAGGCUUUGUGUUGUGGAAGGGUUGAUUCGGGAGCGGGAGAAGGAGCUUCGGGUGAAGGAUGAUGAGUUAGACAAUAUUCAUAGGGAAUGUGAGUGGAAGGUGGAGGAGCUCAAGGGGCUUUCGGUGAGAAUUGAUGACUGCAAGAAGGAGCUGAGGGUGAAAGAGGAAGAGGUUGAUUCGAUGCAGAGGUUGAUUGAUGGAGAAGGGAAGGAGCUGGAGUUUAAGAGGAGGAAUUUGCUGAAGUCAAUGCAGGUGAAGAUCAAUUUGAUUGAGAAGAAAGAGAAGAAGCUUGAAGAAGGAAUGAAGGAUCUUGAGUUGAUGAAGAAGCAAUUUGAAGGGCGAGUGAAGGAGUUCGAGUCUAAAGAGAAGCAAUAUGGAGGGCAGGGGAAGGAGCUGAAAGUAAAGGAGAGGAGAUUUAAAGAAAGAGUGAAAGAAUUUGAAUCAAAAGAGAAGCAAUUUGAAGGAAGAGUGAAGGAGAUCGAAUUGAGGGAGAAGCAUUUUGAAGGAAAAGCCAAGGAUAUUGAGUUGAAAAGGAAUCAAUAUGAAGAAAAACUUAAGGAGCUUGAGUUGAAAGAAGCACAGUUUAAUGAGCAACUGAAGGAGCUCAGCUCAAAAGAGAAGGAGAUUGGGGAUCUUGAGUUCAAAAAGAAUCAAUAUGAAGGACAAUUGAAGGAGCUUGAGCUAAAAGAGGCGCAGUUUAGGCUGGCACUCAAGAAGCUUGAGUCAGAAGAAAACCAGUUUGAAGGAAGACUGAAGGAUCUUCAGUCAAAACAAGAUCAAUUGGGAAGACAGCAGAAAGAGCUUGAAUUAAAAGAGAAGCGAUGUGAAUCAUUAAGAAAAUCAUUUGAAGAGGGGCAAGUGUUGAAAGGGAAGUCCAAUAUCCUCCUUCAUCAAGUGAAGGCCGAGCCGCAGGAUUUGACAGAUGUCGGCAGUAUAAACAAUUGCAAGAAUUUGCAGUUGCUCUUUAAUCUUCUGAAAAAUUAUGCAUUGGUGUGUAGUCAAGUCCCUGAUGCUCUUCGAGCAUCAGCUGACUCUAGUAUAGUGGUGCUAGACACAAUAAAAAGCUCUUGUCCUCCUCAGUUGAGGCAAGAAGUUGCUGAAUGUGAUGCAAAUAUUUCAAGGGCAAUACGUAAUCUUUUGAUUGAUGAACUAAAGAAGUCUUCUCCAGUAAUUAGUUCUCUUGCAAAACAAGAAGCAAUAAAAUUUGCAAGUGACUGGAAGGUAAAUAUAGCGGCACCUGAUACUGACUGUUUGGAGAUUCUGGAUUUUUUCAAGUUUGUUGCUACUUAUGAGAUUGGUUCAUCUUUCAAUGAACAUGAACUUCAGAGGCUUCUAGAUAUCAUUGCCCAGCAUUGUCAGGCGCAAAAAGCCCUUGGUAAUAUUGAGAAACUACCAGAUAAUCAAAUUUGUUCCACCAACGCUGAUGGAAGAAAUUUGCAGUUGCUCUCAAAUGAGCCUGCGUCGAUUGGCCAUGACAUUUUAGCUUGUCUCCAAACAUCAUCAGAUCCAGCAACACUUGUUUUGGAUAUAAUUUAUAACGCUAUUGUUCCACAGAAAAGGAAGGAAAAUGAAGGUGUAAUUAUUGAUUGGAGUCACAUCACUCUCUUAGAUCAGCUGAUGAGAAUCUCACCGUCUCCACAUAUCAGACCCCAGACAAGAGGCGCGGCAAAAAAGCUAGCAAUGGAUUUGAAAGCAAACUUUUACCCAAUAGAUGAAAAUUCUUCCGGGGUUCUGGGUUUUCUACUGCUUUUAUCCAUUUAUGGAUUAGUUUCUUUCUUCAAUGAAGAUGAAGUUCUCAAGCUUUUUGAAUUAGUUGCUCAGCACAAGCUGGCUGUAGAGCUGUUUCGGACCCUUGGUUUUUCAGAUAAAAUAUCUGAUUUGGUUGAGAACCUUAUUAUGAAGAAGCGGUAUGUUGGUGCUGUUAGAUUCAUUUGUGCAUAUAAGUUGACUGACAAGAUCGACCCAGUUGGUCUCUUACGGCUCCAAAUAGCGAGGGCAAAUCAGCUUUUCAGAUAUGGCAGAAAGAAGCCUAUUGCAAAAAAGGUUAGGGGCAAAGAUUUAGAAAUUCGUAUUCUGGGAGAAGUUCUACAGUGCAUUUCAGAUAACAAUCUAGGAUCUCAGGAUCUAGUUAAUGAGAUUCAAGAUCGCAUUCUAGCAAUAAAACAGGAGAAGGAAGAACUUUUUGUGCUACAAAAGCAGACUGAAGAACUUGGUCAUCUUGUAUCAAAGCUUAAAACCCAAGAAGUGCACCAACCUGAAGAUAACAAAUGUGCCAAAGAAGCAUUUCCCGAAAAUCAAGAGCAACAACCUGAAGAGAAGAUCAAUGCAGAUAUCACAGUCACUGAGAAUCAAUUUAAAGUGCAACAACCUAAAGAAAAGGAGAGUGCAAAUGGAGCAGUCACUAAGAAUGAGGUUAAAGUGAAACAGCCUGAAGAAAAUAAGAGUGCAAAUGGAGCAGUCACCAAGCAUCAAGCUAAAGUGCAACAUGCGGAAGCAAAGAAACCUGUAAAGGGAGUGCAACAUAAAGCACAGCUAUAUGUAAAGGGAGUGCAACAGAGACCACAGCUUUAUCCUCAUGGAGCAAUAAGCAAGAGAAAAGCGAAAAAACUUAGAAUGCAGAGUGCAAAUGGAGCAGUCACCCUGAAUCAAGCUAAAGUGCGACAACCAAAAGCAAAAAAACCUGCAAAUGUAGCAGUCACCGUCGAUCAAGUGAAAGUGCAACAACCAGAAGCACAGAACAAACGUCCUAUUGAAGCAGUGCUCAAUAAUCAUCCAUUACAUCAGCCGGGUCUCGACAACAAACGUCCUCGGACAGGUGAACCACGCUCUCUGCCUCCUCGUGUCUUCACUUCUCAUUACCAACAUAGCUUUUAUCCUAGUGGAAUGCCUUCACCACUUGGACUCCCUCCAGACUACUAUGGUGUUGCUGGCGGAGCAAAUUAUUUUUGUCACCCCAGCCCUUAUCCCCCUUUUAGAUGACCGUGUGAAGACGCAUUUAUAGCGUGUUUGAUUCUGCAGUUGGGAGCCCUAUAAUCACUUAUGGGGAGAAGCUAAAGUGUAGCUUCUUGGGUUCUGUAUUCACAACCAAUCCAAACGUGCUAUAGUUGUAUGUAGUUUUGUUGUGCUUGUAAAUAGUAGAUUUUGCUCAGCUUAGCUUUUUUUGCCCCAUAUUAUUGGAUUAAAGAUUAAUGAAUUACGUUAGAAAAAAA